GCAGCUGCGGUUUUCCUGCUGCUGCUGCUCGCUUGCUACUUGCUCGCCGGAGGUGCUAGGGUCCCGGAGGCUGUCUCCGGCGGAGGCGGAGGGUGGAGGAUUGGGCUGGGGAUGGCGAGGGUUAGGAGUGGCAAUUUUAGCAGUUAUGAGCUUGGUGGAGAUUGCGAUUUGUUUGAAGGUGAGUGGGUUUGGGAUGAGAAUUAUCCUUUGUACGAUUCUAGGGAUUGUGAGUUCUUGGAUGAGGGCUUUCGAUGCUCGGAGAACGGGAGGCCUGAUCGGUUGUAUACCAAGUGGAGGUGGCAGCCGGCGGGGUGUGAUCUACCAAGGUUCGAUGCGAAGAAAAUGCUUGAGAAACUAAGGAACCGGCGGUUGGUUUUUGUAGGAGACUCCAUUGGCCGGAACCAAUGGGAGUCUCUCCUCUGCAUGCUUUCCUUGGGUGUUGCUAACAAGAGUUCAGUGUAUGAAGUGAAUGGAAGCCCGAUAACAAAGCACAAUGGAUUCUUGGUUUUCAUGUUUAAGGACUAUAACUGCACAAUUGAGUAUUAUCGGAGCCCGUUCCUUGUGGCUCAGGGUCGGGCCCCACCUGGAUUACCUGAAAAAGUAAAGACCGUGCUCAUAUUGGAUUCCGUUGAUUGGAUGUCCUACAAAGCGAGAUGGCGGGAUGCUCAUGUGCUUAUAUUCAAUACUGGUCACUGGUGGAACUAUGAGAAAACUAUCAGAGGAGGAUGUUAUUUUCAAGAGGGAAAUGAGGUGAAGAUGGAAAUGAGCGUGGGAAGUGCAUAUCAUAGAUCUAUCAUGACAUUGUUUGAUUGGAUCAACAAGGAAGUUGAUAAAAGUAGAACUCAGGUCAUCUUUCGUACAUAUGCUCCUGUCCAUUUCAGGGGUGGAGACUGGAGAACUGGAGGUAGCUGUCACUUAGAGACUCUCCCGGAUUUAGGUUCAUCACAACCCUCGUCAAAGGAUUCGAAGUACUAUGCCCAUUUUCUGAAACCAUUCAAAAACACUACAUACUCUAUCAACUCUCCAGCAUUAGACAUCGAAAUCCUUAAUGUGACUCAAAUGUCAGCUCAAAGAAAGGAUGGACAUCAGUCUGUAUACUACCUCGGCCCAUCGGGCCCCGCUGCACUUCACAAGCAAGAUUGCAGUCACUGGUGCUUGCCAGGUGUCCCUGAUAUCUGGAACGAGCUUUUAUAUGCACUAUUAUUAAGAUCGGAACAAAGAAGAAGUUUGAGAGUCCAUAGAAAUGAACCUGAACAGAGGUGACAUAUUGUAUGUAGUUCCGAUGUUGUCAUAUUCUGGCACAAAAUGCCUGGUUCUGUAUGUCAUGAGCAGAAAGCAAAAUGCAGAAGUUGGUUUACCCGUGUAAAUAUACAGUUGGAAUCUGUAUGUCCCGACGAUGAGGUAUAUAUGAAAUUGAAAUUGUAACGGUACAACCGUACACGUA